CUGUCUUUCACGGUCGCUGACAAUUGACAACAACGAUGCCUUCCAACGUCAUCCUCAUUGCCUCAGGCAUUGCCACUACCUAUGUCUUCUUGCGAUGCUUACUGGCGUUCACCCAAGAUGCGAAAGAGCCUCCGGCACUCGAAACUGCGAUCCCAUUUCUGAGCCCCAUGAUUGGAAUGAGAAAAAAGGCGAAGUUCUACAUUGACCUUCGCGACAAGUUCAGGUUACCUAUCUACACCCUCCGUAUUCCGUUCAUGAGACUCUACAUCAUAAACUCCACCGAGCUUAUUCCAGUUGCGCAAAAGCAAGUCCGCAUACUGGACUUUGCUCCAAUGGAAUCUAAAGUGGCCAUGAAUGUUAUGGGUUCCGGUCCUGAGGGCAAAAAAGUUCUACUUAGGAGUAAAGAAGGUGUUGGCGAUUAUGCGUACGCCAUUCUGUUCGACAAAGCUAUUCAUGCUUCCGUGAGUCCAGGCCCCCAACUCGACGCUAUGAAUAGAUCUUCUGUCGAGAUUGUGGCAAGGUCUGUCGAAGAACUUGCGUCCCGUUCUCCGGCGCGAUUGAAGCUCUUCGAGUGGGUGAAGAAAGAGAUCACUUUUGCGACUACUGAGUCUGUCUAUGGCCCUAAGAACCCAUUCAGAAACCCGAAGGUUCAGGACGCCUAUUGGAGAUUUGAACCUGGAAUCAUCAUAAUGUUACUGAACUUGUACCCUAAUCUACUCGCGAGGGACAGUGUCCAAGCGCGCAAGGAGAUCGUUGAUGCCAUUAACGACUAUUUCGCCUCCCACGCGCACGAAGAGGGGUCCGCCUUUGUGCAGUCCCACUACCAGCACAAAAUCGAUCAAGGUGUCACAGGCAAAGAUGUAGCGAGAUUCGAGAUUGGCGCUAUCAUUGGCAUCCUCAGCAAUACGAUUCCAGCCUCAUUCUGGGUACUGUAUCACACAUUCUCGGACCCUACGGUUUUGGAGGAGUGCAGGAAGGAGAUUUUGGCAUGCUGCAAAGUCGAGGGCAACACUUGCACUCUGGAUAUUGUGGAGGUGAAGGCUUCUUGUUCGAUCCUACUCUCAAUUCUGAAAGAGUCUUUGCGAUUCCACGGAAUUGGGACAUCUGUUCGCGUCGUAACGCAGGACCAUCUCCUUGAUGGAAAAUAUCUGCUCAAGAAAGGUGGCAUCGUCAUGAUCCCGGGACCGGUACAGCACAGCUCGACACUCGCUUAUGGAGAAGACGUCGACGGAUUCGAACAUAUGCGGUUUGUACGCUCACCAACACGGAAACGACCGAGUCCAAUCGCAUUCCGAGGCUUUGGAGGGGGUUCAACGCUCUGCCCUGGCCGACACUUCGCGACUACAGAAAUCCUAACCUUUGUUGCCCUGAUCAUUGCUCGGUUCGACUUCAAGCCUGUCCGAAGCGAAUGGGUAUGCCCCAAGACGGACAAAGCCGGCAUGGCAGGUACCAUCGCACCACCGAAUCUAGACGAGGAUGUGGAGGUGGAAGUUACACCCACUGCAGGCGAAAUGGCUGGAAAGAUCUGGAACGUUGUGCUCUCUGCAUCAGACAAGGGCGUGGAGCUCUCAGCAGAGGAUAGCCAGUAGAUUGGUAUCCAUUAAAGUCAAGGAAACUGUGAAAGCUGUUGCCGC